UUUGAAUAGGCUGACCACUUUGUCUGCAUGCAUCGACCGUGUAGAACUGGUGAUGGUGUGUAGAGGCACAUGACCCGCUGUCACAAGGCCAUCCCCGAAGAAUGACCAUCGGCCCUGAUAUUCUCAUCUGAGAGAUGCCUGAUCCUUCAUUCGUAUACUCCUGUAUAAAUGCAUAUUUGAGUGCCAUCAAGAUGCUUCAUAUCCAGUCCUCAUGUUCUCCAUUCCUCGAAGUCGACAACGACCUCCCCUCAUCGCGGAUCGUGGAAUCCCCUCCUCGACCUCUUCGCGCCUCGUGUCCUCCCCCAGUUCAUCGGUGCCGGUGUCGUUGCCAUACUCACCAGCAUCAUCAUCACCAGCAUCACCAGCACCGCUAUCAUCAUCACCACAGCGGUCAUCACCACCGCAGCGGUCAUCAUCGAUCAAGCAGCAGUAGCAGCAGCAGUAGCUCCAGCAGUUCUGACUCCGACUCUGACAAGGGCAGUAGGACUCGGGUGGUUAUCUAUUCCCGGCCUUCAUCUUCAUAUUCCUACUCACGACCACCACCGCGGCCAUCCUCUUCGUCGUCUUAUACAACCGUGACCAGAACGAGAGUCAGGACCGAAGAGGAGAGAUUGAUCCCUAUCCGUUACCCGCAAUUACCAUUGAGAAGGGAGAGCGAGGAAGUAAUUUAUAUUCCCGCGAGAUGUUGAUCCAUACCCUCAUAAAAAUGGCAAAGAACCAUACAAAUCCUCGUAAUGACUUCAGCUUCCGCCUCUCCCGCAUGACGUCAUGAAGCGCAAGCAUCAAGCGCCUCUUUCCCUUCCUUCCAUAACUUGGCUCUUUCCUCU